AAUGGAGUACCCACUAAAUGGAGAAGAAAAGCGACUUUACAGAAUAGCCCAAAAAUAUUUCAAAAACUCCAAGCCAGAGAGAUAGAGUUAUCGAAAAUAUCACGAAAAUGCGGAAAGACAAGGGGCGAUAAAGUUACAUUUAUCGCCCAAAAAGAAAUAUUUCUUAUGUGGCUGAAACAAUAUUUGAAGAAAGGGGCCAUUUCCGCUCAAAGAUAUCUAGACCUCAAAAACGAGGCAAAGAAGGAUCUUCCGGAUGAAAUCAAAGAAGCAUUAAGAGCGGAAAUGGUCAAAGAUAUAUCUAAUACAAAUCGAAUUAUUUCCUAUCCCUAUUUAAGUCCACUGUUGCAUAGGCCCGUAUUAUUCCCAUAU